AAGGUCUACAAGAAGAAUUGGAGUAUCCUCCAAGCCACGACACAAUUGAAAUUGAAACAGCGGAAAGCUCCUUCAUUUUGCAGAUUCAUCCCAUUUUCUAUCAUCGAUCCAAAGAUUUUUGUCUAAUCCCUUUCAAUGUCGAUCUUUGAAUACAAUGGAAGUGCCUUAGUAGCCAUGGUGGGGAAGAACUGUUUCGCCAUUGCCAGCGAUCGUCGGCUCGGCGUUCAGCUUCAGACCAUUGCCACAGACUUCCGAAGAAUUUAUCAGAUCCAUGACAAGCUAUUCAUCGGUCUUUCUGGGCUCGCAACCGACGCCCAAACUCUGCAUCAGCGUCUUGUGUUUCGUCAUAAGCUCUAUCAGCUUCGGGAAGAGAGGGAUAUGAAGCCUGAAACGUUUGCAAGCCUUGUUUCGGCCAUUCUUUAUGAGAAAAGGUUUGGUCCAUAUUUCUGCCAGCCAGUAAUUGCUGGCCUGGGAGAGGAUGAUAAGCCCUUUAUUUGUACAAUGGAUUCAAUUGGAGCAAAGGAACUUGCAAAAGACUUCGUCGUUGCUGGUACUGCAUCCGAGUCUCUUUAUGGUGCCUGUGAAGCAAUGUUCAAACCUGACAUGGAAUCUGAAGAGUUAUUUGAGACGAUCUCCCAAGCAUUGUUAUCAUCAGUAGAUCGGGAUUGUUUAAGUGGUUGGGGAGGCCAUGUCUAUCUUGUGACACCGAGUGAAGUAAUAGAAAGGACUUUGAAGGGAAGGAUGGACUGAGAGGUAAAAGUAGAAGGAAAAAGAGAAGAGUUUAUCUUUGUGUUGUAAUCCAUUAUCAUAUGGGGAUGUUGAGAUUAUAGUUUAUUUGAAUUGUUUGGCUAGCCUAUGUUGGAUUUCUUGAAGAAAAAUGAACUUCUAUUGGUUUUUUUUUCCCAUCAAUACUUACAAGUUAACUGGGACUUCAUUUGAACCAAAUACAUAAGUUUGAAUCUAUUACCACAUUAUUGCAU